GCCCUACUGAGUUUGUUGUGUGCCUGAAGGUGAGACUGAUCAACUUGACAUUAAUUCGCAUUUGGCGCUCUGCGAAACGGUUGCCGCUCUCAAAUGAGAGGAUACGCAUCUAAUUUCGCAUGCUUUAGACCGUAUUGAAAGACAGAUACCCUAUAAAACAUCGUUCUUUUUUUGUGUUCAUCACCUUCUAAACCCACCAAUAAACCCUCUUUCUAUUGCGAUCACUUUCUUAGCAACUCUCAUAAUGAAGAUCACUCCAUCGUUCCUUAUCAUCGCUUUCAUCAGCUCGGCACUGGUUGGUGUGACAGUAGCAGCGCCGCAUGAUCCUGUCGUAAAGAGAGCAGCUACACCAGUCUAUGUCGAAUUUGAAGAGAUGGCAGCAACGUUUACGGAAUUCUCCAGCGAAGAAAGCGAUGCAGCACCACCAUACAAUCAUUUGGCGUACGAUCUUAACGUAUUAUCAACUACUGCUGAUUCAGCAACUCAAUUGUUAAAGCAACUUGGUGGAACGCCAUUGCAACCUGAGGAUGCUAGUCUCAUUAGAGAAAGUGUGGCUACAAUCGCACGUAAAUCCGCUUCGGUUCAAGAAAUGGCGAUAAAAGGAAAUGAUUUCUAUCAUGCGAACGAAGCUGUUGGUAAGAUUUGUCAAAUCCUUCAAUUGGACGCAUUCCAGUUCUAUACUCUCUUCAACGAGUUAAAGGCGUAUGUCACAAGUGAUGUCUUUUCUUUAUACGGUAAAGAUAUGAGCAAAACCUUAUGCUCUUUUGUCGAUGCCAUUCACACCAUCGAGCCCAACACGUUUGCCAAUAACAAGUCUGCUUAUACGUAUUGCGUCAAUUAUGAAGCAGGUUUACGUGGUAACCUCGAUACGGAUGGCUUUGACAUCAAUUCAGUUGCACCUCCUGGAAUCGAUUCGUGUGGAAACAGUGCUUCUCGAUUCUUGGAUGCCGCAUAUUCCGAACAUACACUCGGUUCGAUUGUGACAAAAUGUACCGCAAAGAACGUCGGCCUCUUUGGUCCAUCCUUGCCAGAGAAUGCUCUCGAUUUGCAACCGUAG